GGGCUAUAAUGGCAACCUUAUCCAAUAUCCUUCUGCCCAAGUAUGCCUAAGGGGGCGAAGUGUUGUCGUGCAACCGGUCCAUUAGGCCACAGAAAUGCUAUGCCGAUGGCCUUUUUCUCUGUGUAUAUUCGUCACGCGAGGCAGAUUUCAAAAAGACGUACUCUCAAGUCUGUUAUUUGGAAUUCUAGACAUAAAUAACGGCUUUUGAGCGGUUGCUGCUGCUGCUGCAGAUAGAUACCGAAGAAGCAACCCAAGUAUACAAAUCUUUAUCGCAACAUCAAUAACCUUACAUCGUACGCCCUCGACCACCACCAUGCCAGAUAAUGCGGACGUACGAGUUCUUGAUGACAGUGAUAUUGUCAUUAGGACUCGGGAAAAGAGAGCCCAACUGCAGAAAGAAUUAGACGAGACCAGUAAAGAGUUGGAGAAACUCGAAAUGGAGGGGCCAAGCGACAUAGAACGACCGGUAGAAAUCAGAAAGAGGAAGCGAGAGCAAGAAACGGAACUGACAUCGAAGAAUCCCCGGUUAUCUGGAGAUCAAGGGACACAAUCGCAACCCUCCUUGACACCGAACAAUAACACCAUCGCGUCGAUCCCAGAGACUACGAUCAGUCUCACUCCUAGCCACGAUAACCACAUCCCCUUCAGUGAUUCUCAUGUCCUCCUGAGAGAAGCGCUUGCUAGUUGGGGCCAUCAGAUCUCUAGACUAACAGACAUGCGUCGCUCUAUUCGCGAUGCAUGUUUUAGCAUUUUUCAAUAUUACGGGGACCUAGAUGGGCGUGCAGACAAGACAGGAUCGCAUUCACUCGACGACAUGAAUGUAGAGCAGUUGCGCCUUAUCAAAGACAAGAGACCAGCCGGCCAUGUUAGUUAUUCAAUAUAUUUGAAAACUGACGCCCUCGAAGACCUUAAUGAGGCAUAUGGCGAAGCUGAAGAACGAAUGCCCGACGCCAACGACCCUUAUUAUAUGGCUCGUCUCAACGACCAGAUUGUACUACUGACCAGAAGAUUCCUGCAUACAAGGUCGAUAAACGAUAUCGAGGGAGCAAUUAACCGAACCCAGGAAAUGGUCAGUCUCACCUCUCUAGACCACCCUCAGCGUGAUCCUCAAAUCCGCGACUGCCUUACAAUGUGGUGCAUGAAGUAUGACUGCACCCAUUCGCAGGACGACCUUGAUGACGCCAGUUCGUUCAUGCAACAGGCGACCGGCGGGGAACCGACAAUCGGACCUACAAUGGUUACCCCAGCAUGUGUUCCUGGCCAACUGGCAGCUACUUUGGAACCCGCGCCUAGACCUACGAAUGAAUAUAAGCGAACCAACAACUUGAAUGAGGGUAUAUCUUCCUCGAUACCGCAAGCUCGAGUCGUGAAUUUCUCAUUUUGCCACGACCGGGAUUGUCGGUUCGGCCAUCAACUGCACCUCCUUGUGCGAAGGAAACUCGUCGACCUAAAGCCAGGCAAUGCUACCGCAAUCUCGUACACAUGGGGCGAGUUUAACAGGACAAGUCAGAAGAUUGGUCACUUUGAAGAUGGAUCGGAUACAGUGAUGACUCUGGGAGAAGAAUGGGUUUCAGGAACUGGAUAUCAUGACCUCAUCACUACGUUGCGGGAUAUAUGCUGUGUCUCCUUACCUGAUACAUCUCUCAGAGCCAAUGAAUUCUGCUGGAUCGAUCAGUUGUCGAUUCAACAGGACGACGAUGAAGACGUACGAGAGUCUCUCGCUAAAAUCCCCGACAUAUAUCGCACUUACAGCGUCUUGGUGCUCCUGCCAGGUGCAUUAUGCGAAUGCAUCGAAGAAGGAUGGAAAAGUCUUCAACGUGAUGACACGUAUGGAAAUUCGUCUCCACGUUUUAAUCCGGAUAAAAUCGGGUCAGGAGGGAAGAAGAUGUCAUGUUGGAACAAUAUGGGAUACGCAAACUGGUUUCAGCGAGUGUGGACCCGACAGGAACUCCUUUAUGCGCGGAAUAUAAAAGUAAGAUGGACGUCCCCUAAGCCGCUUAGCUGUCCAGGCAAGAGAAUGGCGGCCUCUGAUGACGACGACAUUAUCGACGCAUUGCGACCCAACCUUAACAUAACCGCAAAGCUUCGAUAUAACUCCAGCUUGAAACUAGCUGAUAAGGCGGAAAGGGGGUACACGAAAGGAGGCUGCCCUAUCAGUACUAAGUUUCGACUCGACCAGGAAGCAACAGAUUCAUACAAGGAAUCAUGCCUAUGUCUACUGACAUGGUUACACAUUCAUACGAUUCGCGAAGAACAAAUAUGGGGGGUGUUUACCAGAUUCUUGUGUGGAGAGGAACUGGUCGAUACUUCUAAAAGCAAUUCCGACAUGACCGAGGAACAAAAGCUAAGAAGAUUCUUCCUUCUCCUCAAUACGAUAAUGGCCAACAACAGAAAUACCACGGAUGAGCGUGAUCUCGUGGUUGCUGUUUGGGUUGAUUGCCCCAGAUACGCAUUACCGUUAAAUUAUAAGCAAAUGGGAUUAUAUGAACUUAUGGAAGAUGCCGUUUGCCAACUCGAGAACAAAUGGGGCAUCUCGUUGGUUACAACUGCACCCGCAGGGCUUUUCAGCGAUCCCGCAAAACCUUCCGACGGUUCAUCUCCAUCAAGUUUCCUUUGGAGACCGACUCACUACAUGCCAACUACCAACAACUCAAGGAUCAACAACACCAAGAAAGCUUACGCUAAUUUGAUUUGCUCAUCGGAUCCGUAUAAGGUUGACAGCUCCCGUCAACUGUCCUUGAAAAUGAACUCGUCUAUCAAUAAUCUGAAUCCCCUUUCAUGCUCGCACCCAAUGGACUUCAAGACGACAUUUGGCGAUAUUUCUACGGCCGAUGUCAUUCAGUUCACUUCAACAGUCUGCCAGCAUUGGGGCAGCGGACCACUUCAACUUCUGUUGUUGAUGCUACCACAGGGUGUUGGAAUCCGUAACGCGGCACCGGGGUUUUAUAAGUUUAUCAUUUCUCUAAUUAGUAUGUUGCCAACUAUACCGGAAGAUAUUACUAACUCGAUAGGAAUGGUGGCUAAAGGUUGGGGAGAAUUACCCUCAAUCUCCCUUGACACGGAGUUCUUCCUGCAGGAAUUGACGCGGGAUCGAGCAGAGGAUCAUCAUGAUAUCCUCUAUCAAAUCAUUUGCGAGGUCUGUGGACUAGAUAUGGAUUUAUGCCAGCAGAAAGGUCUUCGCCUGGUGGUUGACUUUGGUUCCGAGGGAAUGCCGCCGAGACUUGGUCUAUCAAGUAUACAUUAUCAGGACCAAACUAACAUCUCGACUUUCACUGUCUGCAUAGAUCCUCCGGGUGGGCAGCGUUUUAUGUGUCCUAGGGAAGUGAUGUUUGAGAUAUUGAUUCGAGAUGCACCUUCAGAAGAUAAGCAAGAGUGCUUCGACUAUCAGGUAGUCGGCAUUUGGGUUCAACCUACAACCUAUGCGGAAGACGGCAUACAUGGGCGCCUGCCCACUGUAUCAAUCAUGUAAGACGGAGACGUACAUGCAGGGCUUACAUAGUAGAUUGCGAGUAUUUUCAUGUAUGUAGUUGGUAGGGUUCCAGCGAAAUCUUUAUAAGAAAUUUCCUAUCGCGGUCAUCUAAGAGUCGGCGCUCAUGUUGUGUAAUAGGUGUUGAAACU